AUGGCACAACAUUUCGAUGGAAAUGUUGCCUUUGGAGAACGACCUUCUGUAUCUGGGUUUCGGGCCCUCAGGUAAGAUUUUUUAACUCAAGCUUUGCAAGAUAUAACAAUAUGUAAUGUAUAAAAAUGGGUGAUAUUUCAUGAUUUUAGACAUCCGAUGGUAGUACUCGCUCAUGUUGGCUUUAGAGGAGCGGCGUUGUUCUUCUACUUCUUUGGCAACUUUUUCUCUAGUUCUUUUAUCAUCCAGUUUUUGGUCUUGGUAAGCUGUUAUUACAUUAUAAUAUUUCACUGUCUUGGUGCUUUUAUUUUGAAAAUAAUGAACUUUUUUGUGCUUAAUAAUGACUUUUUUUACAGUUACUACUGCUGUCAGCCGACUUCUGGACAGUCAAAAAUAUAUCGGGUCGUUUGUUAGUAGGACUGAGAUGGUGGAACUUCGUGGACGCCGAAGGAAAGAACCACUGGAAGUUCGAGCAGGCGAAAGACUUGACCAGGUUCGACCCCAGCGAGAGAUACAUCUUCUGGAUGAGUUUAGUCGCCGCGCCCGCCCUAUGGGUGUUGUUCGUGGUGAUGGCAUUCAUGACCCUUAAGUUUGAGUGGAUGGUCGUGGCCUUAUUGGGAUGUUCGAUGAACUUGGCCAACUUAUACGGCUAUCUGAGAUGCAAGUGGAACAACACUACCGAGAUGACUAACUACUUUACUAAGAUGGCCUUCUUUUCGGUUCGUUUUCAGCGGAAAAAUAGGUUUACGUAGUUUAAAGAGUUUACUUUUUGAACAAAAAAGUGGCACUUUAUCAUAAUAUUGUGUUAUUAAAGAUCUAUUUGUUAAUCUAUCCAUUACAGUUCCUGAGCCGCCAAUCCCACGCCUCCGCCCAGCCCAGCACGACGACGAUCUAA